AUGAGAACCACGCCGACAAGACAUGAAACCUACGACGUCGUGGUGGUAGGGGCUGGCCUCAGUGGCCUUCAAGCAGCACAAAUUGUGCAGGGUGCAGGUUUCAAAGUGUGUGUCGUGGAAGCCAUUGACCGAGUGGGCGGGAAGACAUUGACAGCCAAGUCCUGUGAGAAGGGGUUUAAUGAUCUAGGUGCAUCCUGGAUCAACGACACCAACCAGAGUGAGAUGUUCAAGCUCUACCAACGGUACGGUAUCGACACCGAGGUCCAGCGCGACCGUGGACACACUCUGAUUCAAUCAGCGGAGGGAUCCCUGGUCAAAGUGCCAUAUGGAGAACUUCCAGGCGACCCUAAUGCAUUCCUGGACCUCCUUCAGGUGUUUCGGGAUGAGUGCUCACGGCUAGACUUGGACGGCCCAACAAGCUCUGCCCGAGCCAGAGAAAUCGAUCAACUCACAUUCCGUGACUUUUGUAUCGAAAAGAUACAGUCGGAGAGCGCUGUCACCAUCGCUGAUGUGCUUUCAGUCUCGUUACUUGGGGUAGAAAGCUAUGAAGUCAGUGCUCUUUUCAUGCUUCUGUAUUUUAAGAGCGACGCUGGCAUCGACAAUAUUAUAUCGGACCAGAAGAAUGGUGGCCAGAAACCAAACGAUCGCUCGGAAGAUGGCAGAAGAACUGGGUCCCGACGUGAUAAAGGAAGGCAAUGGUCGAAGAUGCCCCGCGCAUCCCGUCACCAACAGGCUUGGGAGCAAUUCAGCCAGGCAUUUGGUCAGUACGUUGAUGUCCCUCAGCCCGUUAAUAUUCUGGAGAUGGAAUGGACCAAAGAAGCCUAUUUCCUUGGUGCCCCCUGCCCGAUCACAACUCCAGGCACCCUGUCAAUCGUGGGCAAGGAAAUUGCCGCCCCGUUUGGGCACGUGCAUUUUGUGGGAACCGAAACCUCUCGCGUAUGGCGUGGCUAUAUGGAAGGUGCGAUCCAGUCUGGUCAGCGAGGAGGCGCUGAAGUGGUCAAAGCCUUUUCCACAAACCCUACUUCUCGUCUGUGA